AUGAAAGGAAUCGCUGGCAAGCGGGUCUUUAUAUCCGCCGCGGCCGGAGGAAUAGGGCUGGUCAUGGCCCAUCGUUUUCUGCAGGCAGGCGCACGCGUGCAUGUCUGUGACGUAGACGAAGCCGCACUGGCGCAGCUUGAUGGUUCCACCGACCGGCUGUCCGGCGCCUGCGCCGAUGUGGCCGACCCAGGACAGAUGGAAGCGGUUUUUCAAGCUGUCGCACAUGAACUGGGCGGGCUGGAUGUGCUGGUGAACAACGCCGGCAUCUCCGGCCCAACUGCAAACGCCGAAAGCAUCGCGCCGGCCGACUGGCAGCGCACGAUAGAUGUGAAUCUGAACGGAGCAUUCUACUGCUCACGCCUGGCCAUACCCUUGCUCAAAGCGAGCGGCGGCGGCUCGAUUGUUAACAUCGCCUCCACGGCCGGCCUGUAUGGCUACCCUCUGCGUGCCCCCUACUCCGCCUCCAAAUGGGCGCUGAUCGGCCUGACCAAGACUCUGGCCAUGGAACUGGGACCCUUCGGAAUUCGAGUCAAUGCUGUCUGCCCCGGCACCGUCGAAGGGCCGCGCAUCGACGGCGUGAUCGCCGCAAAGGCCGCCGCUCGCGGCGUCAGCGCCGAGGAAAUCAGGGCCGCCUAUCGCAAAAAAAGCUCGUUGCGCACGCUGAUAGCCGCGGACGAUAUCGCCGAAACGGUCCUCUUUCUCUGUUCCGACAGCGGCGCCCGCAUUGCUGGUCAGGCCCUGGCUGUCGACGGUCACACCGAAACGCUACGCAUGGAAGCUCCCAUCCCUGACAUCGUUAUCGGACGACUGCCGGUCUAUUUGCGGACCCUCCGCUUGUUGGCGGAUGAAGGGCGGGAAGUUACCUCCAGCCAGGAGUUGGGGGAGCAUCUGGGCAUCAGUUCCGCGCAGAUUCGCAAGGAUCUCAGCCACUUUGGUGAAUUUGGCAAGCAAGGAACGGGAUACAACAUCGCGUUCUUGUGCCAACAGCUACAGAAGAUCCUCAACGUCGACAGGAUUUGGCCGGUGAUACUUGUGGGCGCCGGCUCCCUCGGCACGGCCAUCGCCAACUACCAGGAGUUUGAAUCAAGUGGCUUUUCGCAUCGUAACAGUCUUGGAUGA